UGACGAGCUACAUCCCCAAUGCAAAGAAGGGGAAGCUUGUUAUUGCUCAUCAGCAGCCUGGCUCGGGCGGGCGGUACCGGGACCUGCUGCUCCAUUGCCAGCCUUUGUUACAGAGCAGGAGUGUGUGAGCCAGUGAUUACUGUCUGACAGAGCCCACAAUGCUGACUGUGUCCAGUGCCGACAUGCACGACUCGGUGGAUUUCAUGGAUAUCUGCGAGUCCAUCCUGGAAAGGAAGAGGCAUGACAGUGAGAGGUCCACGUGCAGCACUUUAGAGCAGAAUGAUUUUGAAGCUGUGGAAACGCUGGUGUGCAUGAGUUCCUGGGGACAGCGGUCGCAUAAAGGAGAGGUGCUCAAGAUGAGGCCUUUAACUCCUGCCUCGGACUCGUCCGACUUCAUCAUGCAUUGCGACUCCGCACAGCAGCUGCCCAAAGAUUAUCAUUCCAUCUCUAUGCUGUGUAUGACCCCACCACGCAGCCCUGAGUUUGCAGAAUCUUGCACUACGCUCCCACCUGCCUCCCAUGUGACAUAUUCCAAGCCAGUAACUGUCAUGGCAAGCAGUUUUGUCUGUUCAGUCAGCUCUUCGAGUGUGGACAAGCCCCUGGUUUCAAGCAUCCCCAGACCACCUUCUCCGGUGGUGGAAGUAUCAAAGCCAUGCAGAGCAAUGGCCACCAGCGUGAUACGCCACACAGCCGACAGCUCUCCUUUCUGUCACAUACCCGAGGCACCAGCACGAGCCAAAGCACCAGCAUCUAAAUGUACUGCCGAAAAAAAGAAACAUACAUCUGAUCAUUCCAAACCUCCCGAAGAAGCACCAGCCCCCCAGAACCUUUCCCGCACACUUCAUCACCCACAGCCCAAACACCCGUGUACCAGCAAUACAGGAGGCAGCCAGCAGCCAAUGUCCUUUGAAAGUGAUCAGUCUAAGGAGGCCAACCAGUUGCUUCCCAUUUCUGUUCCUAUGUCCAGCUCCCCGGUGCUCUGUCAGAUGAUUCCAGUUACUGGCCAGCCAGGCGUUAUUUCUGCCUUUAUUAAGCCUCCUUCCCAGCCCAUUUGUAAUACAAUAAAGCCUAUUCUCCCUCAUUCUUCCCCUGUCUCUCAGCCAGUGCUCAUGGGAGCUCCAGUAUCUCAGGGUGCUUUAAUGCUUGUGCUUCCUCAGGCUCCCAUCUCCCAGUCCCCCCAACAGUGUCCACAGACUCUCAUGGCUGUAGGUAACACCAAGCUACUCCCUCUCGCUCCUGCCCCUGUUUUUAUUGCUUCGGGACAGAGCUGCCCCCCUCAAAUGGACUUCUCUAGAAGGCGCAACUAUGUCUGCAACUUCACUGGGUGCAGGAAGACCUACUUUAAAAGUUCCCACCUAAAGGCACACCUUCGCACACACACAGGGGAAAAGCCUUUCAGCUGUAACUGGGAAGGAUGCGAUAAGAAAUUUGCUCGCUCUGACGAACUUUCCAGGCACAGAAGAACUCACACCGGGGAAAAGAAAUUUGCCUGCCCCGUGUGCGACCGCAGGUUUAUGCGCAGUGAUCACCUUACGAAGCAUGCCCGGCGGCACAUGACCACCAAGAAAGUGCCCACCUGGCAAGCAGAAGUUGGGAAACUGAACAGAAUCUCUGCGUCGGACAAAAUACAAAGCUCCGGGCCAUCACUCAGCAUGUUGGUGGCUAUGCCCCCUCCUGUUUAAAACUGUGUGAGCCAAUUGAAAGCUCCGACUCUCUGAAGCUCCAAAGACUUCAGCUAUACCCACCAAUGCCCUGGUUCCCUUCCAGUAAAACUCUGUGUGACACAACUUCUAAACAAUGCAAGUUUAUUGUGUUUUGCUAACCUUACUGACAAUAGCACCACAUCUUGUCCUGGCAAUAAGCAAAGACUUUCUUUCCAGCAAGCCUGCUCCACCCAGCGUGGACACCUUUAUCUGCUUCCUUGACUUUUUACAUUAUUAUGAGCAGAAAUCACAUAUGAAUGAAUAUAUAUAUACAUUCAUUUCAGGCAUUGAGCCAGGGCAUGUUUAUAAGGGAAGCAAAAAAAAAAAAAA